GCGGCCGUGAUUGCCAUCCUGGCCUGGUCCGGCCCAACAGGCUUUACCGAGGAGCCGCGAGGUUUGAGAGUCCUUAUUUCCCAGCCAGCUCAGGGGGCUCGGGAAAGGAAUGGGUCGGGGGCCCAAGGCUCGGCCCCUGGAGGAACAGGAGGACCAGACCCAGCGCCUAGGGCAGCGCGACCAGCGGUCACCCCGCCCCCUCCCCGAGGGCAGCAGGGGUGAGGAGAGGCCAAGAUGCCUGUUGCAGGGGGCUCUUACCUCCCCACACCCCUGCGGAGCUCUGUGAGGCUUGACGAGACGCCGCGUUAAGGAGUGAAGAGCGACCCCGGCCGGGAAUCCAGGGUGUGCGCGAUGUCGGCUCAAGAUGCAAAGGAUGCUAUGGACCAGACCUUAAAUACAAAAAAUUCACAUAUAUCCUGGCUCUUCCUUUAUCUCUUUGGAGCAAUUCCCCAAGUUGGAGUUAUCUGAGAGGCUGUCUCCUGGGCUAUGGUCCACAGCUGAUGUUAAUAUUGUCACAGAAUCCUCCCAUGUUGGCAUCCAUUUGGAAAAAAAGAGUUCAGGAUUCAGGAGCCCUGGAUCCUACUACCAGCUCUGCCUGUAACCCAGUGGUGCCUGAUGAGGGAUCUCAUCUUCCUGAGCUCCUCCUAAAAGUUGGCCUGCUGCUGCGGGAAUGCCGGCUGCUCCUACUGCUGCGGCUGCUGCCCCAAGAUCCGCCAGUCCCGGAGCACCCGCUUCAUGUACGCGCUCUACUUCAUCCUGGUCGUCGUCAUCUGCUGCAUCAUGAUGUCCAACACCGUGGCCAACGAGAUGAGGGAGCAUAUCCCUUUUUUCGAGGAUAUCUGUAAAGGCAUUAAAGCUGGCGACACCUGUGAGAAGCUGGUGGGGUAUUCUGCGGUAUAUAGAGUCUGUUUUGGAAUGGCCUGUUUCUUCUUUAUAUUCUGCCUCCUGACCUUGAAAAUCAACAACAGUAAAAGUUGUAGAGCCUAUAUUCACAAUGGCUUUUGGUUCUUUAAACUUCUGCUGUUGGGGGCCAUGUGCUCAGGAGCCUUCUUCAUUCCAGAUCAGGAGACCUUUCUAAAUGCCUGGCGCUAUGUAGGAGCCAUCGGAGGCUUCCUGUUCAUAGGCAUCCAGCUCCUCUUACUUGUGGAGUUUGCACAUAAAUGGAACAAGAACUGGACCGCAGGCACAGCUAGCAACAAGCUGUGGUACGCCUCUCUGUCCCUGGUGACUCUCAUCAUGUACUCCAUCGCCACGGGAGGCUUGAUUUUGAUGGCAGUGUUUUAUACACAGAAAGAUGGUUGCGUGGAAAAUAAAAUUCUUCUGGGGAUAAACGGAGGCCUGUGUCUGCUUAUUUCAGCGGUAGCCAUCUCACCCUGUGUCCAAAAUCGACAGCCGCACUCUGGGUUACUGCAGUCGGGUCUCAUCAGCUGCUACGUCACGUAUCUCACGUUCUCAGCUCUGUCCAGCAAACCUGUAGAAGUAGUUCUAGAUCAACAUGGGAAGAACAUCACCAUCUGUGUGCCUGACUUUGGUCAGGACCUGUACAGAGACAAAAACUUGGUUGCUGGACUGGGUACCACUCUCUUGUGUGCGUGCAUCUUGUAUUCCUGUUUGACAUCGACGACCAGAUCAAGUUCCGAUGCUCUGCAGGGGCGGUACGCAGCUCCUGAACUGGAAGUAGCCCGGUGUUGUUUUUGCUUCGGCUCUGGUGGAGAGGACACAGAAGAGCAGCAGAAUGUGAAAGAGGGCCCGAGGGUCAUUUAUGAUGAGAAGAGAAGCACUGUCUACAGCUAUGCCUAUUUCCACUUCGUAUUCUUCUUGGCUUCCCUCUAUGUGAUGAUGACCGUCACCAACUGGUUCAACUAUGAAAGUGCCAACAUUGAAACCUUCUUCAGCGGGAGCUGGUCCAUCUUCUGGGUCAAGAUGGCUUCCUGCUGGAUAUGUGUGCUGUUAUACCUGGGUACGCUGGUCGCUCCCCUCUGUCGACCCUCUCCGCACUUCUCCGUGUGAGGAUGUGAGCGAUCUCCUUGGUUCUGCAGGCUGGAAGUGACGUCCUUUGAACAAAUGUACCAGGAGUCUGAGCAGUGACUGGUACUUUGUGACAAGCUGGCAUUCCCCUGGCUGGCUUGAGUGGGUCUAAAAAAAACUUACAGGGGGGAAAAAAAAAUCACCUGCUUAGCUUUUUUAAUUCUGAAAUUCGAAAAGAAGCUACCAGUUUGUCCCCCCAAAAUUGAAAUUUUCACCCGAGUUGAUCCUGAGUGAUAUAUUUUGUAUGUGUCUUACCCCUAAAAACUGGGAUAGUAGUUAGGCUAGUAUUUUCCUUCUGCAUGUUUUUACCAAAACAGAGUUUGGGGCAUGACAUUUUAUCACAGGGAGAAAAGCUUACCUUGUGUGGCCUAUUAUUCCUAUCCUUGAAAUAGAAAGACAUGACAGAAUCUGGAGCCCUGAGCUCCUGACAGAACGCAGACCCCUCUCCCACACCUCGGCCUGCGGGACCCCUGCUCGUGGUUCCCUGGUAUUUAUUGGCUACAAGAGGAAGCAUCUGCUUUUAACUCCACCCUUGUGCUGUUUCCUCCCAGCCCUCAAACGUUUCCCUUUGAAGUUGUGAUGCUGGGAAUCACAGACUUCCCUCUGUCCUUGCCCUUCCCAGAGCUCCCCUCAUCCUUUCUGGGUUCAACAUCUUUGUUAUAAUGUGAAAAAGCACAAUUUGCCAUCACCACCCAUGUGAUCCCCCACCAGAUUAUCACUACCUGAUCUGAGUUACUGCAAUAAUAUGACUCUUACUCGUGGUGUUAUUCACAUGAUUAGAGAACAAUAUUUGUGUUGUUUUCUUUGCUAUGGUUCUUUCUUGUUUGUGGAUUGAUAGUCAUGAUACUUUAGGACCUUACCUGGGAAGUUGCUUCUUGACUGAAGCCUGCUGCACCCCUCUUUCCAUUACUAAAGUCAGCCAGUUUCUCUUCCACUUGAGGCCUUUGAAAUUGUAAAAGCAAAAGGGCUUUUGUUUUCCAGCUCUGUAAUGUGACCACACCGUUAAUGUCCAUUAUGAUUUUGGGGGUGGAUUUGCUGAGGUGGGGAUCACAGGCAACACCUCAAACAGGGCUGACCAGGUAAGGCCUCCAGUUAUACAAGUUGUAGAAGUGACCAAAUGUACUUAGAAGAAAAGGUGGGUGGGGAGGUAUUUAACUAAGCCAUAAGCAAAAGCCGCAGAAAUUUCCAAAAUACAUACUUUUAAGGUGAUACUGAAGAAAGCUUUGACUCUAGGCAGCUGCCCAAGAAGACGUCCAUUUUCAGUGCUGAUGCUGUCAGCCAGGGGAGAGUUUACGCAGUGAAAAGUCCAUCAGAGACCCUGAUGGAGGACGGUGGGUGCCCUCCUCUUAGUAUUUCAUGCAGGAUGGAAAGAAUCCUCUCAGCACCCGGGCAGAGAGGGUCUGAGGAUGAAGAGAUUUGGCCUGUACUUUCUGUGCCCUGCUGUAUGCAUUGGGUCCCACCUAAGCUGGCCUCCAGUGUGCCAAAUGCUGGCCUGGGAAAUUAGUCCAGUUCUUCAUUUCCACUCACUGCUUUGCCCUCCUUUCAAGAAAAUUGGGGGGCGGGGGUCAAACAAUGGAUGAAUUCCUCCAGGAACUUAUUUACAGUGUUGGAGGUUCGCUCACUGUGUGUGUGUGAGAGCCUUGUUUUGUAAACUUUAUCAAGUUUUUUUCAGACCAGGAGCUCUUUGGGCUCGGUGGUCCAGAGAUCUUCUGUAGGCACAAAGUGAAUGGCCGCCAUGUGUAGCCCGAGGUUAAGCCAGUGGGAGCGUGAGCUCUGUGGGUCGGACAGGUGGAGGGAGUGGGGUUGUGUGUGUCGCAGCGUCCUGGCAGAGGCCACCACAGUGGCUGGUGCAGUGACACGGGCUCUGGGUAAGCCGGGGUGCCAUCAGUGACAGGUUUCGUUGUGUCUUCUCCCUGCUGGGGUCUAGUGGGGUCUGGCAUCCAGCCGUGUGACUUUAGAACUGGCCCUUCUGGCAGGUCAAGGUCAAGCUGACCAGGCCCUGUGUUCUUUAGCGGGCCUUCGUUGGGCCCUUCCUGUGCAGAAGGAAGCUCAGGGAGACACAGAGGAAAGGACAUUGCCAGUGGCCAGGCCCUCGGAGCUUCCUUCCUUAGCCGCCCAAAUUCUCCUACAGCCAACCCCCAUUUUCCAGCUGCUUAAGACUUGGUUGGUGCCUAAUAAUGUUGCUUUCUGAAGGUUGGUCUGACACAAGAAGGAGAGUUACAGUCACUGAUUUUUAUUCUCAACUGAAAAUUUAAGCAAGUUUAUCUGAAUGAUCAAGAGAUGUAGGUGUUCUGUGAGGACAGAGGGCAUAUAAAUAAGAAGUUGACUUUAAUGAUUAUUAAUUGUAAUAAACAAUACUCAGGUGAUAAGUCAACAUUCAUGGGUUUAAAAAACCUGCAUUUUUGUGCUAUUGUGUUUUAAGAAACUGGAAACAUUGUGCCAAUUGCUCUGAGUUGCUCUUAAGGAUGAUGUCCAUUUGAUAAAUUCACUGAUAAUCUUUUUAAAAUAAUAGACUUCUGCUUCCUACAACUUUUUAUACAUGAUUUAAAAAGUGCAUUCCCAGAAGCUGCUGGUCAGACUCCUUUAGUGAUGAAAGCCGAAGAUAUUUUAAAACUGUGUGUGCUUCCUCUGUGCUGUUCAUCCGAUGUGGAAAUUUUUUCCCCUCUCAUUUUCACGAGUACAGACACUUAAGUAGGGGAAGGGAUUCUUCUGGGAGUGUUGCAGUGUAUGUCUAGAUGUGUCACCUGACUGAAGACCAGAGACUUUUUUGUCAAAGGCUUUUGGAAACCCUACUUUGUCCUUACUGGGUUGAAUUUUUUAAUACUGGUUAGUUGGUUUUGUUUUUGUUCUCACAGUUUCUUGGGAAAUGGCUUGAAAGAAUUGUUCCAGAGGUCUUUGGAGCUCCUUUGUAGAGUAGAUGGGCCAUGUGCCUGUGGACUGAUGGAGGGUGGGGUUACUGGAGAUUUGGGGUUCUGGUGCCCAUCAGAAUGGCCAACAGAGGGGCUCCCACACCCCAUUGUUUAUUUCCAGUUGCUCAGCAGUGCCUUCAUUAUGGAUGACCUCUGUGCAGUGCUAAUUCCCCCAAAAUUGUCACCUUCUGCCUUUUUAAGAUUAUGUGCUUAUUUAAUUUUGGCCACCAUUGGUGCUUCCUGUUACCCUGCAAAAGGGAAUUCCAGAGCCUGUGUGCAUUUAAGCUGCCUAGGCCUUUUUCUCCUUUGACUGCCUUUCUAAAGAGCAUCUCAUCUUGGUAUGUAUUCCUGUCCUACCCCUCUUGGAAGUGAAAGGCGGUUUUAGUUAUAACUAAGAAGGUUGUGACCUUGGGCCAAGACCCCACAUGUCCAGAGAGCACGCUGGGCCCUCCUUAAUCAGGUACAGUGCCAAUGCCCCUGGAUUCAUGGUAUUCUCUAUAAGGUAUUCUCCUUAAUUUACUAAAUCCCUUUGGCCUCGUUCUUAACUGUGUUUCCUGCCAUCUUUAAUAUAUUUGUAAAGCCUCAGACAUUUUAAUCCAGUUUUGCAUUUUAGGCAGAAAUGCGUUCUCUAAUGUUGGAGCUGCUUCGCAGGACACAGAUCUUUUGAAUUGAUGCUAGCCAUUCUAAAGACCUCUCGCUCUUUUUUUUUUUUUUUCUUUUUUCCCCCUUCCUCAGUAAAUCAUUUGCAGAGGCGUUCAUUUUGAAAGGAGGAAAUAUUUGGCUUUUACCAAAGAGGUGUUCUUUUUUUAAAAGCAAAAUCCUUUCAGCAAAAACUUACUUGGGGAAGGGUGGAUUAAGAAUGCAUUUGUCCACAUCCACUUCUAUAGGUGUUUAAUCAUAUUUAUGUGAGUAAAAUGUUGGAAGAAUUUUUUUUUUUUUAAGAAGAAUUCUUUAAGGUAAUCCUUUGUGGUGAAGGAUCCUGGGAAAUCUCUCAGGUAAAGAAAGCUUGUAGCAGAUGGGUAAUAUAUGUCUUGAGAGCUAUUUAUAAGAAAUUUAAGGAUUGUUUUGUUUUCCUUUAUUAAAGAUUUAAGGUUUUUUUACUUUGCAAAAAAAAAACUACAAAAAUUUUAUAGUCAUAACUUUGUUACUUUUUUUUUAACUUUUCUGAAAUAAUUAGAUGUAGCCAAAUUAUGUGGUUAUGUUUUGCUAUGUUAGAAUUUGAUAAUGUAAUAUGUGUGGUAAAUCUACUGUUUGAAAUUUAUAAUGCUCUCAGAUAUGGUUGGAGUUUUGGUAACUUUUAAAAUAGUUAUUUUUUUUCCUUUAAGUCACAAAGGCAACUAUGGAUUUAUGUUUGUUCUUUUGGAUGCUAAUUUUUCUAUGAAGCAGCUGAAGUUGACCAGUCUUUUCCUAGGUAGAAAACUCAAAACUUGUUAACUUUAAUAAAAUUGAAAACUGUUGUUUU